AUGCAGAUUGAUCCGGCGGCUCUGAGUCGGAGUGACUCUGUCUCAAAUCCAAAGAGCGCCGUGCCCAAUGGCUCGGUAUCUGCGAAGACCUCCAGAGCUCUAAUAUCUGUGCCGCGGCUAGAGCUAGAGCAUGCCUACACGGACCUGAAGGCCGCCAUCGGGGACAAGUGGGCCGAGUAUAAAGAGUCCACGGCUCUAUUCUUACUAGGACAUUACAACCAGAACGAAUACGCGUCACGGGUCGACUACUUCUUGUGCGCCGACCCUAAAAAUGAACAUCUACAUAACAACUUCAUAUGCGCGCUCAUCGGAAACCUCACGCGAGACCUCCCCGAUCAUGGAGUCGCAAACUGGGUAUCGGCCAACGAUAAACCGUCAACGGUGUCAAAACCCGUCUCCGGAGAUGCUGCGGAACAAAGAUUGAAGACGGAAGUUAUGAAACUACCUCCAAGGGACCGUCGGCGCAUAAAGGGAAUCCCAGAGCGAGAUCCCAAUGAGAAAGUGCCCACAGAGCUUGAAGAAAGCCAUCUAGCUAAGCAAUUCAAAUUACCCAGCCAGGUUCCCGCAAGUGCAGGCGGGCUCAACAAAACUAACUGGGAACUGGAGAUCCGAAAACGCUAUGCCCAGCCCCUCGCCGCAGAAACAGGCGAAUUUCCCGAUGCCGAAUCCAUCCAUGCCCGCAUGGUUCCUAUAUGCUACGAAGAAUCCUUACCCAGCGGUGCUGGGCUUCCAUGUGCUGAGUUCAUGGCAAUUGCGACGGAGACAUUCGUGAAGGAAGUUUUAUCCGCGGUAUUCUCACGGACGCGUUCGAAUGGCCCGUCCGGUACAAUCAAUAACAUGAUGAUGCGUCAGUACCGACACCAACUCGAAGUCGAAGAGCUUGCAUACACCCGUGGCGAGAUUGCGAAGGAUGCUGCCACUGGCCUACUCCCUGUUGAAGCGAGAGAGGCAAACCUUCGAAAACCAUUAGGCGUUAGAGACCUGCGGUUGACUUUGGAGCUGGGCGGCGGUGUCCUCGGCCACAUGCCACUCAUUGUAGACCAGAUCAUGGGCGGGUACUUCGAAGAUGAACUAGAAACUGAGAGACAUGAUCGGUUGGAGAAUGGUGUUGGCGAGCCACAUCAGGAAAUCAAACCUGACGAAGACGAGAUGGACUUGGACGAAGAUGAAGACGGUUCUCUGCUAGACUGGGAAGGCGGCACACUUGGUGAUCGAGAGCAGUUGAGCUCUUUGCUCGACGAGUGUCUGUCGAUGGCUGCAUGA